AUGCCAUUCCGGCAGGCUCCAGUAGGACUCUUUAGUCCAUUGAUCGCUGCGGAGAUAGUGGAACUUAGUACAGUCGUCAACCCACCCGCUCCUCUUCCACCAUGUGCACCACUCCACGCCCAGGUCGCUCCGGAUAAUCUUGGUCAGGGAGGGAAAGUCACUACACGACAUGAAGUCAUGAUCAUGACUGGUUGGCGUGGGCCUGGAUAUACCGGAGUACCUGGGAUCCCUGUUCCCCCUGGUACAUGGUGA